AUGUCUACGAUUUUAAGCAAUAAAUAAGGUGGAUAUAUCACUAACUUUGAGAUGACUAAUUUUUCCACUGCUAAGUAGAAGUUUUCAUUCGGCAAAGGACCAAGAUUUCCAAAGGGUAAAAAAUCAAUCACAGAUAUGAAUUACACGCUGCCAUCUGCAUUCGGAAAUAGAGCUCCCAGUUUCGGCGUGGGGGAUAGGUUCGCUGAUAAACAUGAUAGAAGUGUUGAGAACCCCUCUCCUGAUUCGUACAGACUCGGAUCUGCAUUCGAAUUCAAUCCUGAAGCCAGCUUUUCCAAAAGUAAAGCCUACACUUUCGGAGUUUCUCGAGUUGCAUACGAAAAAGUUUAUAUUCCAUCUCAGAAAUUAAGUGUAGAUAAAAGCUUGCCUGGUCCAGGUCAUUACACCCUUCUCACAUCAAUUGGUAAAGAAGGAAGGAAAUAUAGUUUACAAGGAAGGACACCAUAUCAUUAAGGCCCAGGUACUUAUGAACCUAAAGUCAGUCUUGACAAAUUCGGAAUCUAUCACCUAUCUACAAUUUAGUAACUCACCCGAUCUUAUUAUCACUUUUUCCUUAGAAAUUCAAAGGCACCUUAGAUAUCGCCUAGGGGAGAGAGAUUUAAGGAUGUUGUGAUCGAGAAAAAAUAAUUUAUUCCAGGACCAGGUUCUUAUGACCCCAGAGACUACAUGGAUCAAAAUUAUGUCCUUUCGCAUUGGAAAAAUUCUAACACUCGAAGAUUCGGUACAGCAGCAAGGAUGCAACUCAAAAUGACUAAAGAUACCCCAGGACCUGGUACAUACAGACCACCUAGUGAUUUUGGAUACGUAGACAGCUUGAAAUCUCCAAGAACAUAACAAUCACCAAGAUCAUCUCUAACCGCAACCCAGUUCCAAACCUCAAGAUCGAAAUAGUACUCAGACUCUCUCAAAGCUAAUAGUGUGAUUCACAACAGAAAUAUGUCAAUUAGAUAAGAUGGUGAUGACGAACUCAGUAUUGACGAUGGAGUGAUAAAGAAGAGGAGAUUAAAUAACACAAUUAUGUUCUGA